AUGACCAUUAUCUUUGAUUCAUUUAGUGAAGAAAUCGUAUCAAGUCAGAUAGUAUUUCAGGUGCAAAGAGAAGCUGGUUUUAUCUUGAGACAGAUUCUUGAAUUGGUGAAGCUUCAACUCAGGAAAGAUAAGAGUUUGUCGGUGACAGAGCAAGAUGGUCCUUCUCCAUUGGAGCUUCCAAAGCAAUCUGAAGAACGUUUGGUCCAUCUUUCACAGACUGGAAAAUAUCUGAUUGUUGAUUUUUCACACUUGUCUUCGUCUUCUACACUUGGUGAUUCCUAUUGGGAAUGCAAAAGGCCAUUUAACAAGAACAAUCAGCUGUGGGAUCAAAAUCUACAAGACAUUGGAGUUUGUGAAGAUACAAUUUGUGAUGACCAUGACUUCCAUAUACCUGACAUUGAUCUCACUUUCCGAAACUUUGAAGAACUUUUUGGAGCUGAUUAUGAUCUAGUUGCAGAUGAUAACAACAUCUUAUUUAAGGGAACAUUACAUCAGCCCAUUGUGAGGUAUAUAUAAGUCUAUAAAGUCUUGACUCUUGAGCUAACUAUUUUAUAUAUUCUUUUGUAACCUAAGGUCUUUUUACCUUUGAUAUGUCCAGGUGCAUACAUUUUCUUCACCAUUCAAUAACUCUAUAAUUGCACCAAAACAAGCUUUCUCAUCUUUUAGGAAGCAGCAAAAUUCAUUGCCCUCUCAAUCACUCAGAGGAAGUAAUCUCUUUUUGCUCUUUUCUCUAACAGUGCACACGUCAAAACGCCAUCUCAAGGCUCAAGGAGAAGAAGAGGGCAAGAGCGUAAGUAUCUUCAGAGACUAUCUUCCAUUAACCGUAUACAUAAGAGUAUAUAAAUCAUAAUGUUAGUUGCAUUCUCUUGGAUUCAGAGAGGAGAAACAAGCUUAAUAUGGUCUCAAAAGUAAAAGAAGAAGACGUGGUACACGUGUGUACAUAAGAGCAUCUGCAUUGAAGGUUCAAUGCAGAAGUUCACACCUUUCCCCAAAAAAAAAAAUAUUAAAAUAUUCUAUUUUUGGUGAACUCAGCUCUUGCAGGGUCAUUGGGAUGAACCUGGUUCAUCACUGUAUCGCGGGUCCCACGCCACGUGGCGGCCCGUGAUUGGUCCGCAUAAUUUUUUUUUUUUUUUUUUU